AUGGAGGAAGCGGGCGCUCAGUGCGCCCCGCCGCUGCCCGCGAGCUCCCAGACCCGGCUUUCUCAAGCCAACCUCUCCGCGGCUCCCUCCCAAAACUGCAGCGCCGAGGGCUACAUUUACCAGGACUCCAUCGCCCUGCCCUGGAAAGUAGUACUGGUCAUUCUGCUGGCUCUCUUCACCUUGGCCACCACGCUCUCCAAUGCGUUUGUGAUCGCCACUGUGUACCGGACGCGGAAGCUCCAUACCCCCGCCAACUACCUGAUCGCCUCCUUGGCGGUCACCGACCUGCUGGUAUCCAUCCUGGUGAUGCCCAUCAGCACCAUGUACACGGUCACCGGCCGCUGGACGCUAGGCCAGGUGGUCUGCGACUUCUGGCUGUCGUCGGACAUCACCUGUUGCACUGCUUCCAUCUUGCACCUCUGUGUCAUCGCUUUGGACCGCUACUGGGCCAUCACGGACGCCGUGGAGUACUCGGCUAAAAGGACUCCCAAGAGGGCGGCCGUCAUGAUCGCGCUGGUGUGGGUCUUCUCCAUUUCCAUCUCGCUGCCGCCCUUCUUCUGGCGUCAGGCCAAAGCCGAGGAGGAGGUGUCGGACUGCGUGGUGAACACGGACCACAUCCUCUACACUGUCUACUCCACGGUGGGCGCUUUCUACUUCCCCACCCUGCUCCUCAUCGCCCUCUAUGGCCGCAUCUAUGUGGAAGCCCGCUCCCGGAUUUUGAAACAGACACCUAACAGAACUGGCAAGCGCCUGACCCGAGCCCAACUGAUAACUGACUCCCCCGGGUCCACAUCUUCGGUCACCUCCAUUAACUCACGAGCUCCAGACUUACCCAGCGAGUCAGGAUCUCCUGUGUACGUGAAUCAAGUCAAAGUGCGAGUCUCAGACGCCCUGCUGGAGAAGAAGAAACUCAUGGCCGCUAGGGAGCGCAAAGCAACAAAGACCCUGGGGAUCAUUUUGGGAGCAUUUAUUGUGUGUUGGCUGCCCUUCUUCAUCAUUUCUCUGGCCAUGCCUAUCUGCAAGGAUGCCUGCUGGUUCCACCUGGCCAUCUUUGACUUCUUCACGUGGCUAGGUUAUCUCAACUCCCUCAUCAACCCCAUCAUCUAUACCAUGUUCAAUGAGGACUUCAAACAAGCGUUCCAUAAACUGAUACGCUUUAAGUGCACAAGCUGA